CGCUUUUCAGUAACGAACCUUGUUGCUUUACCUACAAUUAGCACUAUAAAAGCUCUUCUCCCCCAUAUUAUACGUAGGAGUCACAUGUCGUAUGUACAUAAAAUAUUUUUUUCCAUAGUCGUUUUAACUUUCUAGCCAUUCGUGAUGAGUACCUAAUUCGAAUCACGCAACAUUAAAGUCCGUUCACAAUUACAGUGUCUUAUCCGCGAAGUAGAGGUAACAUUGAAGUUAACCGAUAAGGUGGACUUCGCGUAGUCUUUGCGUUUAUUUCUCGGCACCGUGAGUUGUUUGUGCUGUCAAGAUCCUUCAACGUUUCGGUUUAUUUAAAAGUUUUAAAAGAUGAUGACUUCUUCGGAAGCGGAGGUAGAAUCCUUUGAUGAAAAGGCGAUGGGCGAAUCGGCUAUCCUAGAAGUGAGCUCAAUGGCUGCUGGCGGUCUUGUCAAGCAAGAAAGUCGUGACACGGAUUUUCUGUCAAAUUAUAGCACAUCUCUAGAAGGUUCUGUUGUAGCCUCUCCAUCCAUCGACAGCUUUUCUACUUUGCCAGAACAAGAGAUAUCUGAUUUCCAAUUAGAUUCUCGGGAUUUGCAAGUUAAGGUGGACAAUCCACAGAAGCAUCUCGAUACUCUAGAAACUUUUAUAACAUUUCGUAUCUCUACCAGGACAUCACGUCCAGAGUUUGAGGAAGGAGAAUAUAUUGUCCGCAGGCGUUACAAUGAUUUUAUUUGGCUUCGUCAAAAACUUGUGGAUAGUUAUCCAACACAUAUUAUACCUCCAAUGCCAGGAAAACAUACUCUACUAGCACAGUUGGACCGUUACUCUAAAGAGUUUAUCAUUGCACGUAUGAAACUAUUAAAUGCAUUCUUAAACCGAGUUGUCAAUCAUCCAAUCCUUAGUUGUGACAAGAGUCUGUAUAUAUUCCUAACUGCAAAGCCUGCGGAAUUCUCAAUUCAUCGUAAAAAUCGUGGUAACGUCCUAGUUAAAAUGACAGAUUCUCUACAAAAUAUGGCCAGCGUGUACACUAUGAAGCAACGUCAUCUGGAAUUUGAACAGAUACGCGAUUACUGUAUAUCACUCAGUGAUAAACUGUCAACUAUAGAUAAAAUCAAUCAUCGCAUACAUAAAGAGCGCCAAGGUCCAUACAGUAGAACUAAUAACCAUUUUUUCCUUUUAUAUUAUCAUAACGUUAGUGAUAUAUUUUCAUUUUUCUAUUUAUUUCCUACAGAAUAUUUAGUGGAGUUGCACCAGCUGCAUCCAAUAUUCACAUUGUGGUCUACAUCAGAGCCUGAGCUGGCUCCAAUAUUACUAGCCAUUGCAAAGGCGGUAGAAUCGAACGCAACAGCACACCAAAGACUGCUCGACACUGUCCCAACUCAAGAACGGGAGUAUCUCGCCUACGUAGAUGCUGUCAAGGAUGCCCUAGCUCGUCGUGAUUCCAUACAAAUAGAUUACGAGAUGACAGUCGAUGAGUUGGCAAAAAGAAGACAGGAAAAAGAUCAGUUUAUGGGCGCUUCAAAUGGUUCCGUGUCGACUCAAAGUUGGAGUGGAUCCUUAUGGAAAGGUGAGUCUCGUGAUGAGAAAUUAGAACGAUUAGGACAAACUAUUCCACGAUUGGCCAAACGUUCAGAAUUUCUUCAAGACCGUCUCGAAUGCGCAAAUGAAAAUUUGCGUAGUGAUAUUGAUCGUUGGAAUACAGAGAAACGUGACGAUUUGAAAAAUAUGCUGAUUACAAUGAGUAAUCAGCAAAUCUUGUAUUAUCAGCAAUGUAUGAACGCGUGGGAAGAAAUGCUUGCUGGUUUAAAAUUGGAUGGAGUCGGAUCUGACGUUACCAUAGGACCUCCCGUCAAAGUAUCUUUAUGAACAAUGGUAAAAGAAAAUUUUCUGUAAUUCAUGUCCAUUUCUACCGUGCAUAAUAAUUAAUGCUAUAGCUAAUUUUAUGAGUGAGGUAGUAUAGAAAAUAUUGGUGGGAGAGAAAAUUAUCAGAUAGAAUUCAAUGGAUUGUCCCUAUAGACAAAGAUAUACAUGUUGACUUAUCUUUUUAUAUUUAUCCACAUAAUUUUAAAAGAGCCUACAUAUUUUGAAAAAACUAUAAUCGUAUGAAUAAGCUUUAAUUAUCUCUCGCCGUAUAUUAUUCUGUGAUACCGAAUAUAUUCAAAAUAUGCGAUACGCUUGAGUCAAAAUGUUGCUCACUACAAGGAAAAAAUCACAAAUUUGAGUAAGUUAACGGAUAUCAUGAAGAUCCGGAAGAAAUAUAGUUUAGAUAGAAAAGAGCGAGCAUUGAAGAAGACCCUACAGUUAAUGUCCCGUUUCUCUAUCUAUAUAUCCGCCUUUCUGUGUCAUCGAUUCGUUUUGGGACCAAGUACCUGUUCGUUGUUAUUAUUUUCUUUAUCCUCUUCUCUACUUUUCCUGUGUCAUCAUGCUAAUGAUAUUUAUUGACAAUCAAUUUAAUUAGUUAACAUUAGUAUUUACCUGUACCAAUUAUCCUUCCUGUAGACGACGAAUAUGUCGUUCGAAAAUUGAAAUAGAACUUUGAACGGUUACAACGUAGAAAGUGAAAUGUUCAUGUGCCAUUUUGCCUGUACAUUAUGCGUGUCUAAUGUGUUAUAAAAUGCAAAUGAAAUAUGCCUCUCUUUGAUAGAUUAAUUAAUACUUCAGAUUAUUGACGAAUCUCUUAUAUUAAUGCUUGGUAAACAUUCCGCGUGAUCUUUCUUUAACUAGUGUAGUCAUACAAUUAAUGACCAUUAUAUUUACUGUAAACGUUACCCUUGAUGAUUUUCAUAAUAAACUAUCACCAGUUAC